AUGGAGUCCGUGGCGCAGGAGCCGAAGCCACCUCUCAACUUGGCCGUAGGACUCGCACAUCCGAUGAAACGGUCGCAAGCUCAUACAGCACAUGCAAAUAACGUCACCACACACCACCGUGUGGAUCAUGAUGGAUAUGCUCUGGUGAGGAGCUCCUGGUCAUUUCCCUUAUCUCGCUUGACUGGCCCAGCAAAGCGACUUUGCACUGUAGCUGCAGGUACAACCGUAGGCCACGACGAUGGCGUUGAUCAACUAAGUGUUGUGCUAGCAAGGUUGGAAGAUGCUACAGAGGAUAUGAAGGAAUUCAUUCUGGUGCUGGCCUGCUGCCCUAGAAUACAACGGCGGCCGAUCUCCAAUUUUUUCUCUGAGGACAAAUUUAUGUUUGGCCGACUUGUCGAGAGGGAGCAGAUAAUCAGCUUCUUGCUGAAGCCUGGGAGCAACCUGGACAUCCUACCAAUAGUCGGUGGUCCGGAAGUGGGGAAGGGCACCAUCGUCAAGUGUGUCUGCAGCGAUGAGAGGGUCCGUGAUCACUUUUCCUUCAUCCUCUAUUCCUAUGGGUCUCUUCUUGAGGAGCGCUGUAUUGAAGAUAUGUUGGGCACAUUACGACGUGGUGGUCACGUGCUUCAUGAGUCAUCCGUCUCAGGGCAUGGAAGGCAUCUACUUGUGAUUAAAAACACAUAUGAAGUAGUAAUCAACGAGGCAGUGUGGGUCUCACUCUGUGCAUCUCUGAGAUCCACCGCGCCUGGAAGCAAGAUCAUAGUCAUCAGCGAGAACGACCGCAUCGCGGACCUCGGGACCGUGGUAGCAAUGCGGGUGAAGCCUUUGCCCCGGGAGGAAUAUUGGUACUUCUUCAGAUCACUCGCAUUUGGUGGCAACGAUCCAGAGGAGCACCCGGAGCUUGCCGUCCUGGGCAGGAAGAUUGCAGCAGCACUGCACGGGUCAUUCUUCGGCGCAAAGGUGCUCGUUGGCCUACUUAGGAUGAACCUCAAUGCACAAUUCUGGUGUGCCGUGCUAAAUGUUGUGCAGAGCUUCCAUGCAUCCCUGCGAGGAGAUGAUGAUCACUUCUCCAAGAUCUGUGUCGCCAAGAUAGCGUUGGAGACGCUCCCUGUUCCUCUGAGGCUCAAGAGUGCUUGUAAGACUGGUGUGGCUUCGGAAUUGCCAGCAAUGACCAUCCAAGAACUACUGCAUUCUGCUGGCGUUCCUCACCAAGAGGAGAUACGGAUUAUGCUGUGGGAAUCUGCCUACAUGCCGAAUUAUCGGUACACAGUUGUUUGCGAGAAGGUAGAAAAGCGUCCAAGUGCGCCAAUCGAGAGGAAGAGGCGGGCAAGGCAGCAGCAGAUUGAUCAGUAGAUAAUUGAGUCCACGGAAAAAACAGAAAAACUGACUGAUGGUCACCUAUAUGUUACAUUUUUCUUUUUGUGCGAGGAUCACCUAUGUUACAUCGUUGUUAUUUGUGUGUUACAGUUCCAGUGUGUGAAGUUUCUGAA